AUGUUCUCGUUUGUAAACGAAAAUUGUUCUAAUUUUGAUGCUCUAGCUGAAAGUGCAGCAAAAAUUGCGUAUUAUAAUUUUAAAUGGCAAUACGCUACGUUUGUUUUCUUUAAUUCGACUUUUUUCUGUGGGGUGAAUAUCUUUGUAAAGUCAUAUAAUAAAAAUAUUAUAGUCGGACAACAUAUUUAUACUACGUGGUUUAUAGAAAGUACAACACAAUUCGUUCUAUUUGUAAGAGACAACGCUGAUAUUCACCAAAGCCUAGUAUGGUUUGAAAAGAAAAUGUAUAACAACGCCGGAAAAUAUUUGAUCGUCUGUAAUUCUGUACCUGGAUGUGACGAGAGUGAGGCCGUUGAGUUAUUCUGGCAGUACAGAAUAGGAAAUGUAAUAUUAAUUAAAUACGAUAAGCAACAAAGAGUAACUGGUUACACAUUUUUUCAAGUCGAGAGCUGUGGCCCCAGUCCUCCUGUAAAACUUCGUCAUUGGGAUGACUGUAUUUUUGAAAAUAGCAUUGAUGAUUGCGAAAACAAUAUGUUUCCCUUAAAAUUUAAAAAUUUACAUCGUUGUCCUCUAAUGGUAUCAACUUUCGAACAGAUGCCCUACAUGCUUCUUGGCGGUACUGUUCCACACGGUGUUGAUGGUGAUUUAUUGAAUAUUAUUAUCGAAGCAUUGAAUGCAACGCUUGUCUUGGUGAUUCCUCGUUCUAGGGAUGGAUGGGGGAGUCUCGAAAGCAAUGGAACAUGGUCAGGGUCUCUUGGGGCCGUUUAUAAUGGCCAUGCUAAUUUUUCCAUGACAUCCGCAAGUAUAACAUUGCAUAGAUUUAAUUUUUUUCAAAUGUCAACUAACUAUAACACUGUAACAGUUGUUUGGAUUACCCACCCGUCCGACUUGGAAUGGUCAUCGCUGAAACUUCUACGACCCUAUAGCGUUAAAGCAAGGUGUGCUCUAAUUACUCUUCUGUUAAUCAUUAUUUUACUAGGCAUCUGUUUAAAAAUUGAUGGGUGCAAGUCUAUUAAAAAGAGAUUACAUUUGCCACAAACAUCUAAUGAUAUAAUUUUAUAUUCUUGGCAGAUAUGUCUGAGCUUGCCAAUUCAUAGAUUACCGUCGAAUUGGUUACAUAAAUAUACUGUACUGUUUUGGAUUUUGUGCUCCUAUUUACUGAGAACUUUUUACCAAGUUUAUCUCAUUAAUUCUUUACAAACCGAUGUAAGGACCAAUAAUGUUUUGAGUAUUGAAGAGGCUAUCGAAGAAGGGUAUGCCUAUGGAGGUGGUCUAGCAUUAAAGGAUUUUUUCAUAGAUCAACCUGAUAUUUAUAAUAACUGGGUCCUAGUGGAUAGCAACGAAAUAUUACCAACUAUGUUAAAUUUAACAAAUGGUAUGAAGUUUGUGCUGGCCAGGAAUAUAGAGUCAACGAAUAUUUUUCUUGCAAACUCUCAAAGAAAGCUUCAUAUUCUACCACAAAAAAUAAUCAAUAGUCCAGUUGUGCUAUUUUUUAAAAAAUACUCAUGGUUAGUGCCGUCAAUAAAUAAAUUAUUAACGCAUUUGGUUGAAGCUGGGUUACCUGAAAAAUUACUACAAGACUAUGUGUCUCAAGGCGUUCGAAUUGAAGAAAACGAAGAUAAGCCAAUAACCGUCGAACAUUUCCAGGGAUGUUUCUACGUAUUAAUUUUGGGGUGGAUACUGUCUAGCGUGAUUGCGGUUAUAGAAAAAAUUGUAUAUUUAAGAUUGAGAUCGAUUCGCCUUCCAUAA